AGUUAGAAGGUUUAGAUAGAAGCGUGUGGCCCGGAAGGAGCGCUAUAAAGACCACGAACGAGAAGUUCAGGUGUCAAGAAACACAACUGCAUUCUACUCCAUGCGUUCCAAGGUUUUCCAGAGUUAAUCCUAAAGAAUGAUGUGCGUAAAAGGCAUCGCUCUGGUAUUGAUCUUCGUCUGCAUUGCGCAACAGUUCCUGCAGGUGGACAGUCAGGCGAUCAACACGAAAAGGGGAGAAAAUAGGAAGGGGAAAAGAAGAGAAAAGCAGGGCAGCUCGGCUGCCAAGGCAACGCUGCCUCCCCGCGAUCGGAAUGAGAGUGGGUCUAAAGACUCGAGUGACGGCACGUUCACAGGCCGGUUUUCAACUCCAGACAAGACGCGAUGCACGUGGGUAGCCACGGGUAUUGAUGUAUUUGUCCUGGACAUCAGCUGUAAAAAGAGGACCAAGACGUUCGACUGCGAGUAUACAGCGAAACCAAGAUCAUGUCCAGAGUACGCGUCCAGAGCCAAAGUGUAUUGGAAGCAGAUCGUGCGGUCGUUGAAAAGGCUAAAGAAGCCGUGUCAUAACAGUAAAGAGCUUGUCCAAACUAGUGUGUGUCGAAAUGCCCCUAAGGACGCACACUUCAAGCUCAGCACCGCACCUCAGAUACCGCUUCAGCCACAGCCAAGAAACAAGUCGUGUGCGGAUCUUGCUGACAGACAGAAAUUGGCCGAAGACUAUUGUGGAGGCGCUUGGUCUUCGCUGUGCACCUUUUUCUUUGCUAUGGUCGAGACUGAAAAUUGCUGAAUGGUAGCCUAAAUGGCUUUAAUUUACAAACAGGCUCAUAAGCUCCUAAGGAAGACUGAAGGGGAGCUUUUAGUUUUAUAAUCUACUUUUGCAGUUUUAUAAUCUAAGAAACUUGUGUUCCUUUCUAAGU